AUGCAACAUGCAAAUCGCCAAUAUUUAAAACGGCUUCGUAAGAAGAGUCAUCGUACCUCAUUGGAAACAUUAAAGCAGUUCAUUUAUUCAUUUCUUACUUUGAGGCUAUCAAAAUAUGAUGAAGGAGACGUUCAAAUUCCUCAAUUUCUACAGUCUGAUGAUCAUCUGGCCAUGCUCAAUUAUCAGAAACUGGUGUUUGCAGCACAUAUGAUGAAUCUCUACAAAAGUGUUCGAAAAUAUGAUGAAGGAGACGUUCAAAUUCCUCAAUUUCUACAGUCUGAUGAUCAUCUGGCCAUGCUCAAUUAUCAGAAACUGGUGUUUGCAGCACAUAUGAUGAAUCUCUACAAAAGUGUUCGGUAG